AUGUGCAUCACCGCUGCCUUUUCCCCUGGUGUAGAGAUAGAGAGGGACCAGAGAGCCAAAGCUCAGGGGCUGAAGAACCUAGAUGACUUUGAGCCCAACGACCUCAACUACGAAGGCCGACUUCUGGAGGACAGGUUCCUGUAUGACGGCAUCUCCUUCAACCUGGCGACAGAGACCGGUGAGGACGCUGGCGGGGUGUCUCAGACCUGUGCUGUGCCCUCAGCUCUGUCCAAAAGCCUGGAUGACGCCUUUGCCUUGUGGAAGCAGCUCCUGGCAACACCGAGCAUCCCAGCUGUGCGCAGCCCCGAGCAGACUGUAGCUUCCCUGCAUCUCCUGGCAGCUCUCUACAAGCUGAUGGCCAAGCCCUUGCAAGCCAUGGAGAGCUACCUCCUGGUCAGAGCACUGUGCAGCGCAUUUGGGGACAGCCUGGGCACGGCCAGUGCCCUGUGCCAGGUCACCAAGCUGCUUUUCCAGCUGGAGUGCCCCAGCUACGCCCAGCUUUUCCUGGAGGAAACAGAAUCCUGCCUGCAGAAAGCCGACAGCAGUGAUGAUUCCUACCUGCUGCUACAGCAAACCUACCUCCUGCUCCGUAGCCAGCUGUGCUGUGUUAACCACCAGAUUGAAGAGGGUCUCACCCUGUUGCUGGAGGUGCUCCAGAGCCCGGCUCUGCAAAAAAUUGCGAAGGUCUGGUACCUGCUGCGAGCCCACGUCCUUCAACUGGUGGCCGUCUACCUGAGCCUCCCCCCUGCCCGCCUCUCGCUGGAGCUCCGGCAGCGCAUCUUUGCACGAGGGUGGAAGACGCCCAAGACUGCUCUUAUCGAAGCCCAGAAGCUUUUCCGCAGCAUCAUCCUCCUGCUGUUGGGCAGCGACGUGCUGGGCUGUCAGACAACGGCGUCCGAUGUCCAGUUUGUGGAUUACGGGGACAACCUGCUGCUGAAGUGGCAAGUGCUGGCUGACAUGUUGGUCUGCUCGGAGCACCUGGUGGUUCUCCUCAGCAGGCUGGAGGUGGUCUGUAAAGCCAAAGCUUUCUGCUUGGAGGCCGUCAAGUUGGCCAUGAAACUGCAAACCACCUGGUGGUGUACUCCCUUCCUGGUGCUGAAGGCCCAGCUGGAGCUGCAGCAGAGCGAGCUGGAACUGAGCCACUUUGAUCUCCAGCAGGUUCUCUUCCUCCUGGAGUCUGACAUCCAGUUUAAAACCAGCAAGAAGCAGAAAGGCCAGACCAAGAUCCUGCCCAGGAAGGGCAAACUCGAGGGCAAGAAGUCGCAGGACCCCAUCUCUGAGCCCCCCGGGGAAGAAGAGGGUUUCCUGAAGGGACCUGAGCUGGAAUUUGUGGCCACGGUGAGCAGGCUGGAGAAGGCAGAUGCUCUCACUGCCUCGCCGGAGCUGAAACCCAGGAGGAGGAAGAGACUGGCCUUCCUCGCCCACCCGGCAGCCUGUCCGUGCUACCUGUGCUCUGACCUGGUGCUCUCAGCUCUCUGCCUGCGCUGGCUUCUCUCCUGCGCCCAGGGCGAGCUGGCAGCAGGCAACACGACCGAGGGGCUGGGUCUAAUCCAUGCUGUGUUGCCGCGCUGUGCUGCCGUGGCCUCCCGCUUUGCCGCUGUGCUGCGAGACAAGCUAUGGGGCAGCUCCAGCGGCCGGGACUUGCCUACACUGGAGCUGCUGGACGAUUUGGUGGCCACUGGCUAUGCCACGUUGGCCCUUCAGAGCCUUGCCAGCCCCCGGCCGGCGAAGGAGCUGCAGGAGGAGCUGGAGACGGGGUUGACCUUCCUAACAUCCUGUAGACCCCAUUUGCCCAGCCUGGAGGUCUCUAGGGCCAGCCUGCUGCUUACCAAAGCCAUGGCUACCAUUUGCCACCUGGCCUCCAAGCACGGCAACUCCAUGGACGGUGUCUUUGCCGGCGCUUGGCAGUUGCCCACACUGACUCCGGCAGAGCCCAAAGUGGCAGCCGUGCCGCAGACCCUCAAGACGGACAAGGCUCAACCCCAAAGGCGCAAAACCAAAACAAGCUUGGCCCCCGCCGUGCCCAAACCCAGGGUGAAGAAGAGCCAGAAAGCGAAGCCCCUGGCUGUGCCGAACGCUGGUGACAUCUUUGCUCUGGGUGAUCUGGACAGCGAGGUGCCCCCCAUCGUCAUCCGGCCGGUGACAGUGCCCUGUACCCCUCACCAAAAAACCUGUCCCCCCGCCAAGGCACGCAUAGCCCCUGGCUCCAGGACUCCCUUCACCAUCUUCAGCGAAUCCUCCCCGCCAGCCAGCAAGUCCCGGCUCCUGCGAGCGCCCAAAGUCUUGGGGAAAGUCAAGUCUCGCCUAAAGGUGACGUUCAGCGAUGACAGCGACGUCGAGGAUUCCGAAGCGGGGCAUACCCCCGUAUUUACCCACAAGACAUCCUGCGCCCAGAAAACUCUGCCCCGCAAAUCCACGGGGGCCCAAGCGAGUGCCCUGGGGUUCGGCAGCCGGAGCAGCGGGGCUCAGCCCCGGAGAGGGCGGGCGGGCGCCCGCCGAGUCGGGGCUGCGGAGGCGAAGAGGGAGCGGGCGACCCGCAGGGCUCCUGGCAAGGGAGCAGAGGAGGAACGAGACCUUCUGAGGGCUGCUGAGGAAGAGAAGGUGGAGGAAGAGCUUGAGAUCAGCUUUGAGGUCUUGCGGGUCUCUGAG